AUGUCUGGAAUGCAAAAAACAGAUUGGAUGUCCUUAGUUGCCGCUCAUAGCGAUUCAUGGUUAUUUGGCGUUGCAUUCUACUAUGGAGCUCAAUUUGUGUUUAACAAAUCUGACAGGGAGCACCUUUUCAAUAGUAUCGAUGAACUGCCAACAAUAUUGGAAGUUGUCGAUGCUGCGGAUGUUGUUAAUGGUGCUGCAAAAAAACAAGUUGACGAGAAGUCUUCAGUUUUCAGAUGGUCAAAUCUACAUGUAAUUGAAUAUCAGAUAAUUGUGGUAGUUACGUCGUGGUUAUUGAGUUUCGAUGAUGAUUCUUUUGGUUAUGAUAUGAGUUGGUGGAAAGAAGAGCAAUUUAAUGCAUCGGAUGUAGACGCAAAUGGUCUUCUAAACUUAGCCGAGUUCAAUGAGUGA